AUGUCCUACAGGCCCAACCCCUUCUUCGCUGCCACCAGCUCCUUCAUGGCCCCCUCCGUCGGCGACAAGGUCGACAACGCCAUCGCCCAGGGCAAGGCCCUCGGUGAGGACGCCCAGGCCAGGGCCAACGAGCUCGCCGGCAAGGCCGACCUCAAGAUCCAGGACGCCAAGGAGGCCGCCAAAGUCUCUGCUUCUGGCGCCCCCACUGGUGUCGACCUUUACGCUCGUUUCGCCCUUGCUGGUGCCCUCGGUUGUGCUGUCACCCACGGUGCCCUUACUCCCGUUGAUGUCGUCAAGACCCGAAUUCAGCUCGAGCCCGAGGUCUACAACAGGGGUAUGAUCGGUUCUUUCCGACAGAUCAUUGCUGGUGAGGGUGCCGGUGCCCUGCUUACGGGACUUGGGCCCACUGCUGUUGGUUACGCGAUCCAGGGUGCUUUCAAGUUCGGUGGUUACGAGUUCUGGAAGAAGCAGGCUAUCGACCUCGUCGGUAUCGACACUGCCCGAGAGAACCGACAGGUCAUCUACCUUGGUGCCUCUGCCAUCGCCGAGUUCUUCGCCGACAUUGCCCUCUGUCCUCUUGAGGCCACCCGAAUCCGACUCGUGUCCCAGCCCACCUUCGCUAACGGUCUCGUUGGUGGUUUCGCUAGGAUCUUGAAGGAGGAGGGUCCCGGUGCUUUCUACGCCGGUUUCGGUCCCAUCCUCUUCAAGCAGGUCCCUUACACCAUGGCCAAGUUUGGUGUCUUCGAGGUCGCCGUCGAGAAGAUCCUCAAGGCUACUGGCAAGUCCAAGGACUCUCUUUCCGGUGGUCAGCAGACCAGCCUUAACCUCAGUGCUGGUCUCAUCGCUGGUAUGGCCGCCGCCGUCAUCUCUCAGCCCGCCGACACCCUUUUGUCCAAGAUCAACAAGACCAAGGGUGCCCCCGGUCAGUCCACCACCUCCCGACUCGUCCAGAUGGCCGGUACCCUCGGUGCCAAGGGUCUCUUCACUGGUAUGACCACUCGUCUUGUCAUGAUCGGUACCCUUACCGCUGGUCAAUUCUUGAUCUACGGUGACAUCAAGAAGGCUCUCAACGCCACUGGCGGUGUUGAGAUUGCUGCUAUCCCCAAGUAA